UGUAAUCCAUAGGCAGUGAUCUCUCACCUUAAAUUUACCAACUCUGGGCUAUAGACACUGAGAGGGGACCUUCGAAGGUUGGAAGCCUAGCCUGCUGGGCUAGAGAACAGGGCUACAAAUCCUGGUGACCCAGCCUUUCUCCCCCAAAAUGACGCGGAAGGCUACACUCGGAAUCUGGUGGUAGAACCUCCAAGUGUGAAGGGCGUGGGCCUGUUGUAGUUUAAAGACCUUUGUGAAGGAGUAGAGCCCUUGGGAAGUGUUUCCUGGAGAAGGCGACUUCUGGACUAGUCUGAGAUAGCCCAAUCCAGGAUCGAUCUGCAGAGGUGCAGGAGUGUGGAGACAGACAAGCAUUUCAGAUUUGGGAUCAUGGAACGGUUGGCCUGAAAAUCAUGUCAAAGGAAGUACUGAAACCAGAACAUUUGUCCAAGGUUCUUCAGAGAAAUGACCCCCAGCAGGUCACUGAUAGAACGUUUUUCAUUGAUGGUUCCAACCAGAGUUUGGAAACCAUCCCAUCAGAGAUUUUGGCAUUAAAAGAACUAGAAGAACUGCAUCUGGAGAACAACCAGAUUGCUGAAAUUCCUCCGGACAUUCAGAACUUAAAGAAUGUUAGGGUCCUCUACCUCCACAAGAAUAACCUGCAGUGCCUGUGGCCAGAGCUGGCGUCACUGAGCAGCCUGGAGUCUCUGGACCUGAGCAGCAACCCGUUGCUCUAUUCCUCCCUGACGGUAGUCAGCUGCCUCCGCACCCUCCGGGAGCUGCGGCUCUACAACACAGGCCUGAGAGAGGUUCCCACCGUGAUCUGCAAAUCCCUGCACCACCUGGAGCUCUUCGGACUGUCGGAGAACCACCUGCAAUCGCUGCCCGGGGAAAUCGUGAACCAGACCAAGCUCAGGGAGAUCUACCUGAAAAAGAAUGAGUUCUCGGUUUUCCCUUGCGACCUCUGUACCCUCGUCAGUCUGGAGGUGAUCGAUCUGGACCACAACAAGCUGAAGGCCAUCCCGGAAGAAAUCGGGAACCUGGUGAGGCUGCAGAAGUUCUACGUGGCAUCUAAUCACCUGUCCCUUCUCCCGGAGUCGCUGAGCCAGUGCAGCAAGCUGUCGGUGCUGGAUUUGACCCACAACCUCCUCCACAUCCUCCCGCCCACCCUGGAUCAGCUCACGGAGCUCACGGAGGUCGGGCUGAGCGAGAACCGCCUGGAGAAGGUGCCGCGCCUCCUGUGCCGCUGGACGCAGCUGCAGCUGCUGUACCUGCGCAACACCUGCCUGCGAGGGCUGCGGCGCUCUUUCAAGCGCUUGAUCAACCUGCGCUUCCUGGACCUCAGUCAGAACCACAUAGACCACUUCCCCGUGCAGAUCUGCGCGCUCAAGAACCUGGAGAUCCUGGCGCUGGACGAUAACAAAGUAGGACAGUUACCACCAACUAUGAGCUCACUUACAAAACUGAAGAUACUUGGACUCACAGGGAAUGACUUUCCAUCCUUCCCAGAGGAAAUCUUUUCCUUAGUGUCUCUGGAGAAAUUAUACAUUGGACAAGACCAGGGAUGCAAGAUUUCCUAUGUGCCAGAAAACAUCAAGAAGUUGAAGAAUCUUAAAGAACUAUACAUAGAAAACAACCUUGUUGAGCAGCUACCUGCAUCCUUGGGAUUAAUGCCAAACCUGGAAGUUCUCGAUUGCCGGCAUAAUCUUCUUAAGCAACUCCCAGAUGCCAUUUGCCUUGCUCAAGAUUUGAAAGAGCUGCUGCUGGAGGACAACCUCCUUACCCAUCUCCCGGAGAACCUUGACCACCUGGUGAACCUUAAGGUCCUAACCCUGAAGAAAAACCCCAUUGAAGACCCUCCAAUGGAAGUGUGUGCCCAAGGCAAAGACGCCAUAUGGAAAUACCUGAAGGAAAACAGAAUUAGGAAACAAAUGGCCAUAAAGAUGCUCAAACUGGAUCCUGAGAGUUCUUGCAGAGACCAGUCAUACCCCUGCCUCAGGUCCUUCUAUCUGCGCAGAGAUGAUGACCCCCACACACACAGAUGAUAGCCUCCACCCCCAUUCACUCUCUGCUAAAGCACCCUCUCUUCAGAGCUUCUUUCCUGAGUCUCCUGCCUUCUCAUUAGCUUAAUCGCCAGAACUGAUCUCUUCUACCCCAGGCAAUGUUCUAGGCACUAGAGAUGGGUCAGUGGUCAAAAUAGACAAGUAUUUCUGUCUGCUUAUUGCUUGAAAGUUAGUGGGAUUGUAGUAAGCAUGAAAAAUAAAACAAAGUUUUGUACAUGUA